CCCCACGCGCGGCCCGCAGGGAAUGGCGUGGCAGACCCUCCUGCCAGGGUGCACGGCCCCGAGACAGAGACCCGAUUUACCCCAUACUGGAGGCUAUGAAGAAAUGUUGUUCUUUGUCCGCGAGGGCUUCAAGACCUCUUGGCUUUCAGCAAACAAGGCUGUAUCAUCUGCUUAUCACAGGCAGUUUGAAGGCAUUGUUCCUUUUAUUCGCCUCCCUGUGUGCCUGGUAUUCUGGGUACCUGCUGGCCGAGCUGAUCCCUGAGGUGCCGCUGUCCAACACUGUGUACAGUAUCUGGAGCUUUGGUGAGAAGCCCAUCCUCAGAGCUCCAGCCCCUAAAAGACAGAAAUGUGACCACUGGACUUCAUGUCCCCCGAACACCUAUGCCUACCGGUUACUCAGUGGAGGUGGACAGGAUAAGUAUGCCCAAAUCUGCUUUGAGGAUGAGCUGGUCAUCGGGGGAGAGACGGGAAAUGUUGCAAGAGGAAUAAAUAUUGCCAUUGUCAACUAUGUAACUGGGAAGGUGACAGAAACAGGAUCUUUUGAUAUGUUUGAAGGUGAUAACUCUGGACCCAUGGUAAAGUUCAUUCAGAGUGCACCACAGAAAUCCCUGCUCUUCAUGGUGACCCACGAUGAUGGCAGCAGCAGGAUGAAGGAUGACGCCAAGGAGGCCCUCAGAGCACUGGGAAGUAAAGAAGUCCAGAACAUGAAAUUCAGGUCAAGUUGGGUAUUUCUUGCUGCAAAGGGCGUUGAACUUCCUACUGGCAUUCAGAGAGAAAAGAUCAACCACUCUGAUGAAAAGAAGAACAGAUACUCUGGCUGGCCCGCAGAGAUACAGAUAGAAGGCUGUAUACCACGAGAGUUGAGCUAACAUUGCACUGCCUCAAUAAACAAACGUUGUGAGGAACAGAA